UACCUUCGACCCAAAAUAUAUAAAAUAUUAUAGUAUACAUAGUAUUCACCAGAAAAAUACGUAGUAUUCUUCUAUGUUUCGAUAUUUUAAGGAAACUGGAAUUAACAGGACCACCAAGGACACUUGGUUACCUUGCAAGAACUUCUUGUCUUUCUUUAUAAAUAUAACCAUAUAUACCUCUUUAAUCUUUCUAUAUAUAAAUAAGCUUCUCAGAAAUAGAGGUAGAAAGCUCUUAUGAGUUUUUUUAUUUUUUAUUUUUUUUAUUUUUUUAUUUUUUGGGUCAUGAUUCAAUAAUAAUCUAAAAUGAUUUUAUGAGAGAAGUUUAAAGGUUGAUAUUGAGGAGUUUUUGAACAUGGAGAUCGGAGGAACCAAAGUUUGUCGACUAACACAGUUGCAUUGGUGGGCACUCGGAGCCACCUUGAUGGUGUUGCUUCUGUGUGCUUUUAUGGUUCAACUCAUCAUGACUAGCACAAUGAAGGCGUCAUCGGUUCUCAUGUUUCGUUCUUAUAUUUCUCGACAAGCUGUUAAUGAUCAACUUGAAAGAGUUUAUGACAGCAAUGGUUAUCUGAUUGUUUCCCCUAAUGGAGGUUUGAAUCAAAUGCGAGCUGGUAUAUGUGACAUGGUGGCCAUUGCAAUUUAUUUGAAUCUAACUUUUGUAGUUCCUGAAUUGGAUAAUACCUCCUUUUGGCGUGAUAACAGGCAGUUUGGAGAUAUAUUUGAUGUGGAUUUUUUUAUCACAUCUUUGAGAGGCCAAGUCCGGAUAUUGAAGGAACUUCCUCCUAUGCAGAAGAGAAGAUUGGAGAAAAUGAGACAGAUAGUUUCUUUUGCACCUAUUAGCUGGUCUGACAUUUCAUUCUAUUACUAUCAGAUGCUUCCUCUGAUAAAAAGGUAUGGUCUCCUGCAUUUCACUCGAACCGAUACUAGGCUUGCUAAUAACGGUCUUCCUCUAGAACUUCAGCUGCUUCGCUGCCAAGUAAACUACCAAGCACUAAGAUUCACAACCCAGAUAGAGGAACUGGGAAAGAAGAUUGUUAGGCUUCUGAGAAAAAAUGGUCCAUUCUUGGUUCUUCAUCUCAGAUAUGAAAUGGACAUGUUAGCAUUUACUGGUUGCACUGAAGGUUUCGACAACAGAGAAAUUGAAGAGCUGACAAAUAUGAGAUAUGCAUACACAUGGUGGAAAGAAAAGGAAAUAGAUUCUGAGAAGAGAAGAAAAGAUGGAGGGUGCCCUUUAACUCCAGAGGAAACUGCAUAUGCAUUGAGGGCAUUGGGUAUAGAUCCUACCAAACAGAUUUAUAUUGCUGCUGGUGAUAUAUAUGGGGGAGAAAAGAGAAUGGCAUCUUUGAGAUUAGCUUUUCCUCGUAUGGUCAAAAAGGAGACAUUGCUAAAACCCUCAGACCUUGAACCCUUCAAGAAUCAUUCAAACCAGAUGGCUGCAUUAGAUUAUAUGGUGGCAUUAGAAGGUGACAUCUUUGUUCCUACUUUUGGAGGAAACAUGGCAAAAGUUGUCGAAGGCCAUCGACGGCACUUGGGGUAUAAGACCACUAUUCUUCUAGACAGAAGUAUCGUAGUCAACCUGAUAGAUCAAUACAAGAAUGGAAAUCUUAGCUGGGUUGAAUUUUCCCAGGCAAUGAAAACUGGUCAUGCUGAUCGAAUGGGUAGUCCGGCCCAAAGACUUAUUAUUCCCGGGAAACCUAAGGAAGAGGAAUAUUUCUAUAGCAACCCACAAGAAUGUUUGCCGCCAAUUCAUCAAAGACCAAAGGUUUCUACAUGAUUGGUGGAUGCUUAAAUCAAAAAAGGUGAUUUGGUCUAAAACAGAGAAAAAACAGAGCAAAAACAAAAGGAAUUCAUUCUUCUCAAAUAUGAGUGCUUACAUUAUUUUAUUCUAAAAAUUUGAUUUGUAAAUUAAAACAUAUUAUUUUUUGGUCCUAAAAAGCAUCUUAGUUUGAAUACUAAAAUAUUUCAAUAAGAAAUUACAAGUAUAUUGUUUUUGUGAGCAAGGAAAAAAAAAAACAAAUAAAUUGAAAAAUUAAGGAUGAGAGUAUAAACUUGAAUCCGAUGGAUGCAAAGUUAUUGUUUCUCUUUUUUUCUUCUUUUGAGAAGGGGAAUUUUAGCACCAGAAUCAAAUCAACAGUUAUCACCAAUGAUCAUUGUGUAACGACCAGUGUGGGCAAAUGCAAGAGGCAUUUAUCCAAUCCCACAUCAUCUAGGUGUGGAAUGAGACACAGUUCAAAUGUAAUGGUCCUUUUCAAAGUAGUUGAUUUCAAGAUUCGAAAGAACUCUGCAAGCAUGCUUCGGCAGGAGAAUAAAU